GCUUAUCCAUUACACCAUUAUAUACACCUUGGAUGACCCAUCAACAACCACCUAGGCCAACCAAUCAAACUUCCAUACCCGCUUUUUGAUCCUAAAGAACAAGCCCGUUUUCCUUUAAGUUAAAUCCUAAGAUUUAUCUUCAAAAUGGCAACAAGAAAGUUUCAUCACCAUGAUCAAAAACCAAAGUUUCUUUAUCUUGGUGGUGGUGGUGAUCAUAGAAUCAACCCCGUGGACGAUGAUGACGGAUUCGAGAUGAACGAAUCCGACAUCUGGAACACUGGGGUUGACAAUUAUUCUAAUGAGCCUCAUCAAAACAUGCCCAUAUCAAGAAAAUCAAAGUUUCCAUUGAAAACUCAUCAUCACCAACAAAAAAAAGUGCCAAUGGCCAAGUCAUUGCCGGUUAACGUACCCGAUUGGUCCAAGAUUUUGAGAGAUGAAUACAAGCAUCAUGGGAGUACUAGAGACAUUAGUGAUUAUGAUCAUGAUCAUAAUUAUAGUAAUGAUAAUGAUGAUCAUGAUGAUAAUUAUGAGAAGUUGCCACCUCAUGAGUAUUUAGCAAGGACUAGAAUUGCUUCAUUUUCUGUUCAUGAAGGUGUUGGAAGAAGGCUUAAAGGCAGAGAUUUGAGUAGGGUUAGAAAUGCUAUUUGGAAGCAAACCGGUUUUGAACAAGGUUAAGAUUUAAUUAAUUAAUGCAUGUGCACCAUAUAUGUUAAGCAAAUAAUAUAUAUCAAAGAGGUACAAAAAAAUGUCUAAUGUCUAUUAGUGAUCGAUCAAUAGUUAAUUUAACAUUAAUAAUUAAUUAAUUAGUAGAAUGAUUUGUAAGUCUAACACCAUGGAUCAUCGUUUCAUGACAGAAGAAUAUUUACUCUGUCAUUUUCCGAUAUGUAUCAAUCUUGUAUCAUUACUUUUUCUUUGUUACGUACGUUUAUUUUGUAAUGUUAUUUAGAACAUAUUUCUCAGUA